CAGCUUGCGCCACUGUGGCCCUGGCCCUUUAAGGCUGAGCGCGAGGCCCCGCCUCGCCCGGCGCCCCGCCCCUCCCGCUGGAUCCCGCAGCCGCGGCUCUUUCCGACGCGUUCCGCCUUCCCCAGCUGUGCACUCUGCAUCCAGCUGUGCGCUCUCGUCGGGAGUCCCAGCCAUGUCCGCCGAGAGAGAGGUAGCCGAGGCAGCCACCGGGGAAGACGCCUCUUCGCCGCCUCCGAAAACCGAGGCAGCGAGCGACCCCCAGCAGCCCGCGGCCUCCGAAGGGGCCGCCGCCGCCGCCGCCGCCUCGCCGCCACUGCUGCGCUGCCUAGUGCUCACCGGCUUUGGAGGCUACGACAAGGUGAAGCUGCAGAGCCGGCCGGCAGCGCCCCCGGCCCCUGGGCCCGGCCAGCUGACGCUGCGUUUGCGGGCCUGCGGGCUCAACUUCGCAGACCUCAUGGCUAGGCAGGGGCUGUACGACCGUCUCCCGCCGCUGCCUGUCACUCCGGGCAUGGAGGGCGCGGGUGUUGUGAUCGCAGUGGGCGAGGGAGUCAGCGACCGCAAGGCAGGAGACCGGGUGAUGGUGUUGAACCGGUCAGGGAUGUGGCAGGAAGAGGUGACUGUGCCCUCGGUCCAGACCUUCCUGAUGCCUGAGGCCAUGACCUUUGAGGAAGCUGCUGCCUUGCUCGUCAAUUACAUUACAGCCUACAUGGUCCUCUUUGACUUCGGCAACCUACGGCCUGGCCACAGCGUCUUGGUACACAUGGCUGCAGGGGGUGUGGGUAUGGCUGCCGUGCAGCUGUGCCGUACAGUGGAGAAUGUGACAGUGUUCGGAACGGCCUCGGCCAGCAAGCACGAGGCACUGAAGGAGAAUGGGGUCAUACAUCCCAUCGACUAUCACACGACUGACUACGUGGAUGAGAUCAAGAAGAUUUCCCCUAAAGGAGUGGACAUUGUCAUGGACCCUCUGGGUGGGUCAGAUACUGCCAAGGGCUACAACCUCCUGAAACCCAUGGGCAAAGUCGUCACCUAUGGAAUGGCCAACCUGCUCACGGGCCCCAAACGGAACCUGAUGGCCCUGGCCCGGACAUGGUGGAAUCAGUUCAGCGUGACAGCUCUGCAGCUGCUGCAGGCCAACCGGGCUGUGUGUGGCUUCCACCUGGGCUACCUGGAUGGUGAGGUGGAGCUGGUCAGUGGUGUGGUGGCCCGCCUCCUGGCUCUGUACAACCAGGGCCACAUCAAGCCCCACAUUGACUCAGUCUGGCCCUUCGAGAAGGUGGCUGAUGCCAUGAGACAGAUGCAGGAGAAGAAGAAUGUGGGCAAGGUCCUCCUGGUUCCAGGGCCAGAGAAGGAGAACUAGGGCAAGUGGCUGUGAGACCCUAGAGACCAGCGAAGGGAGAAGUUGGGAAGCUACGUUCUGUUGGCCACCAGACUUGCAUUUCAGCCUCUGUCAUAAUGCUCUGCCCUCCCUCCCCUGAAGGUCUCUGUGGUGAUGACCACUCUCCCCUGCCCCUCCCCGCUUCCUGACCUCUGAAGAGGUUGGGAAGUGACCAUUUGGAUGUCUGGGCCCUGCCAAGGCGACAGGGAGGGUCAGAGGGAGGCCGGCUGCUUCCUGCCCCCACCCUUUCCCCGGGCCUGCUGUGCUGCUUUUGUGCCAAGGUUAGCCAGUCCCCCCCUGUUGUGUUCCAUGUGCUUUCACCUCUGCCUCAUCUUUCCUCCCGUCCCUGCCCCGCCACCUCCCCAAAGAAUUGAAACGUCAGCUCAGGAUAUGGGGCCAAUCUCUGUGAGUCCAGCAUGUACCUGUCUCUCCCUAGUGUCCCUUCAGCCUGGGCUGACCAGUGCCCACCUCUGGGCUUGACCAGUUCCCAAUCUCUGUCCUCUGUCCCCAACUUCUUAAGCACAAUUGGGCUUCUUCCAUCUCCAGGUUUUCUGCCAUUCUUAACCAAGGCUGCCUCUUCCAACAGGGCGGGAAUCAGACCUACUCCCCUAGGUCACAACUCUGGGAAGGAUACAGAGCCCCCACCCUUCACUGAGUUCUCUGGAUUUGUUCUCAGUGCCUUAGCAACGAAAACCUGUGCUUGUGUGUGUGUGGCGGCGGGGAGGGAGGAUCCUGUCUCCCACCUCCUUCUCCUCCCCCGUACUCCCCAGUGCCUUCCUUGUUCUGGUGGAGCUGGGGUUUCGCUCCUCCCCAGUCCCACAACACUGCCAAAAAUCUGUGUAUGUGCCAUUGGGUGGGGCAGCCCCGAGCCUCCUGGGGAGGCAGGGCAAAAACAGGUGCCCUCAUCGUGGUCUGUGCCAUGUCCUGUCUCUAUGGUGGUUGAGGAGAAAGGCGGGGAAGCUUCCUCAGCCUUGCAGAUAUGUGUGGCAUUUACUAGCCAGAGCUCUCAAAGGCAGUGCUGUCUGUUUCUUGUACUGGGACCAAAGUAAAAAUCCAAGCACAUUCCCCUUGCAGUUAGGGGAGGCCCUACUGCCUUCUCAAAGCAGAGAGGCAGCUUAUCAAACUCAGCCCAAAACUUUGUUUACAUGGGUGGGGAGAUGGAGCAGGGAAGUACAGAGUGGGAUGGUCAGGACCUGGGCCAUUGCAACCAAAAUGGGGACUUCCUGGGUAGGGAGGUCACUCCCUCUACUCACUGAGCUAGGAUUAGGGAGGGUUAUUGCCCCAACCAUUGCAAUGGGAGGUGGAGGGACAGGCUCAGCCUCCUCAUUGUCUAAAUGAGGCCUAAAUGUGUGAAGUGCGAUUUCUGCUUUUGUGUACCCCACCACCCCAUUACCACAGCUGCCUUUGUGUUUGUGUCAAUAAAAAGCCAAACCCUG